AUGAAUGCCUCGUCAUCCUACUCCUCCGCCGCAAGCCCGGAACAGCCGCCACUCACCAUGGACCCCGACAAGCUCGAGGCCAAGAUUGGCCAGCCCGGUGAUGAUGAUGGCAGCUUCCAACGCGCCCGCAACCCGGACGGCUCGUCGCUGCGCGGCGGCGAGGACAUCCUCGGCCUGCAGGACCUGGAUCCCGUGCUCAACAUGAAGAUGCACCUCGUCAACAACGCGAUAGAUGAGAUUGGUUGGACGCCGUACCAUCUCAAGCUCUUCUUCCUCAACGGCUUUGGAUAUGCAGUCGACUCCAUGAUCCUGCUCUUCCAGUCCAUCGUCUCCACGCAGGCGUACCGCGAGUUCGGCGAGAGCGGCUACAAGAACGCGCUGACUGUGUCCGUCUACUGCGGCAUGCUCACGGGCGCCGUCUUCUGGGGCUGCACCGCCGACCUCAUCGGGCGCAAGUACGCCUUCAACAUCUCCCUCUUCAUGUGCUCCGUGUGCUGCAUCGUCGCCGGCGCCAUGCCCAGCUGGGCCUCGCUCGGCCUCUUCAUCGCCCUGCUCGGCUUCGGCGGCGGCGGCAACCUCAUCAUGGACACGACCGUCUUCCUCGAGUACCUGCCCAGCGACAAGCAGUGGCUGCUGACCUUCCUCGCCUGCUGGUGGGGAUUCGGCCAGGCCAUCACCGGCUUCAUCGGCUGGGGCUUCCUCGUCCCCGCCAGGUGGAACUGCGCCGACGUCGCCUCGUGCACCCGCGACUCCAACUGGGGCUGGCGCUACACCCUCUUCACCGGCGGCGCCCUCGUCCUCGUCAUGUCCAUCCUCCGCGUCACCGUCGUGCGCCUGCGCGAGACCCCGAAGUACCAGCUCAGCAUGGGCGAGGACGCCGAACUCGUCGAGACGUUCCAGUUCCUCGCCCAAAAGUACAACCGCCCCUGCUCCCUGACGCUCGAGAAGCUCGAGGCGUGCGGCACCAUCCGCUCCGUCCAGAAGAAGAAGAAGGGCUUCUCCGUGGCCGGCACCUGGUCGCAUUUCAGCGGCCUCUUCGCCACAAAGAAGAUUGGCAUCUCGACGGGCAUGAUAUGGCUGUCAUGGACCCUCAUCGGCCUCGCGUACCCGCUCUUCUACGUCUUCCUGCCGACAUACCUGGCCAACCGCGGGCUCGAGUUUCAUCGCUCCCAGUUCGAGACGUGGCGCAACUACGCCAUCACCAACAUCUGCGGUAUCCCCGGCCCCAUCAUUGCCGGCUUCAUGUGCAACACCAAGCUCCUGGGCCGCAAGUACACGAUGGUGAUUGGCGCCCUAAUCACCAUGGCCUUCUUCUUUGCCUACACGGCCGUCAAAACGGCCGUGCAGGACUUGACCUUUACUUGCCUCAUCGCCUGCUUCCUCAACAUUUACUACGGCACGCUGUACGCGUACACGCCAGAGGUGCUCCCUAGCGCGCACCGCGGCACCGGCAAUGGUAUCGCCGUGGCGUGCAACCGCGUCAUGGGCAUCGUCUCGGCCAUUGUCGCCACUUUUGCCGACACGUCCACCUCGGCGCCGCUGUACGUGUGCGCCACCAUUUUCCUCGCCGCGGCGAUCGUGGCCGCCCUGUUCCCAUUUGAGCCCUACGGUCGGAGGAGCUCCGGCUCGCUUGCCGCGGCGAGCAAGUCUCCGUCUCAUGAAGAGGAACCCGACUCAGGCAGCCGUGUCGCGUCCGAGAAGGCGGAGGACAAGCUCGUCGGCCCAAUGGCGCGGAGGCUCGCUGAGGCAACAGAGGAAGCGCUCCUGACUGGCGGCGCCGCGGGGCGACGCGCAGUGGAAGAUGCGGGCUUCUCAGAGGAGCUCAAGGAGAGGCUGCUGAACAAAAUAGCCGACGCCAAGUUCCGCAAGCAGUACUCUGGCGCGUUCGCCGAGGCAGGCAUCGGGUCCGCCGCCGGAGAGGGCACCAAGCACAUCGCAGCCGCGCAACCCUGGACGGGCACGGAGGCGACCGAGGACGCGGUCCUCAGGAUGCUUGACGAUGGCCGGAAGCCGCUGAAGCCCCAAGACCGAGGAAAGUACCAGCCGCCGCCCGUCGACAUGCGCCUCAAGCGGGGGCCCGUGCAGAGUCCCGGUCAGCGCGCCGCCAGCGCGCGGGAGAGGGCUUCCAUGUACACAGGGCUGGGCAUGAAAGGGUCCAAGGGACUGAGCGACGAGGAGCGAGAGGAGAUGAAGCGCGAGUUCAGAGAGAGAUUCCAGCCCGGUGCGAGGUCCAUGCCAGUCUCGCCGUCUGGCCUGGCGGCCUUGGCGAAUGAGCGCAUCGAAAAUGCCAUCGCCAGGGGUCAGUUCAAAGACCUCCCGCGCGGCAAGAGCAUGGAGCGAGAUCCGCGUGCGGAUAACCCGUUCAUCGAUACCACGGAAUACAUCAUGAACAGGAUGAUACAGCGCCAGGAUAUCGCUCCCCCCUGGAUCGAGAAGCAACAAGAGCUGUCCAAGGCGGCAAGGGUGUUCCGCGAGCGGCUGCGAAACGACUGGAAACGUCAUGCGGCAAGGAUGAUUGCCUCCCACGGUGGCUCGCUGGAGCAGCAGAUGAAGAGGGCGCAGGACCACGCCGCAGCGGAGCAGUUGCAUAACCCGCGGCAGAUGGCCGUCGAGCAAAUCGCUGUGCCAUCAAACUCGACAGAUCACCCCGUCAUGGCCAAACUACGGGAACGGGCCCCAGUGAUAGGCGAGGAGCUGCAGAUCGCGGAAGAGCAUGUCCCGCGCGACGCGCCAUUGCCGCCACCCUUUCGCGAUGCUGAUUGGGAGCGGGCCGAGGCGGGGUACAUGAAGCUGUCCAUCGACAACUUGAACAGCAUUGCGAGGAGUUACAAUCUGAUGGCACCUGAUCUCGCCAAAAAGCCAUACUUCUCCUUGCAGCGCGAGCUGGCGGCGUGUUACGCAGAUGUAGCUCCGCUGCUUGCUGAGGAGAUCAAGCAGAGAGCAGUAGGGAGGUCGACGACUGCGACGACGAGGAUUGCGACGUCUGGUGGAGGCGGCUUCAUGGGCCAGCUGGCUGGGCGGGACGCGGUCAAGAUUCACCUUGAGGCAGACGAGAAGGCGUACGGCUUGAAGGAAUGGUGGCGGGACUUCUGGAAGAAAGAAUAG